UUUUCGCCGAUUGAUCGGAAUACACAUCGGUAGAGUUAUACCAUUAUUAAAAGCACACGUAUUGCCUAUAUAUGUAUAUAUUUUCUAUCUCAAUCACUUUUAACUAAAAGUUAUCAACAUGGAGGACGCCAAGCGUCCAUCUACUAGCUCCCAAACAGUAGCCAUAAGGCCGCGUCUCAUCUAUGGCCUGCGCACGGACGUGAUUGGCAAUAUAAAUUUCAAUUUGAGUAAGGAGGUCAUCUAUCCGGUGGAAGGAGUAUUGGCUUUCCAUGACUAUGUGCUCAACAAACAGCGCUUUUUGAGAUUUCCGGAGGAUACGCGACCAGAAAUAAUUACCAUGAGCUCCCAUCGCAAAUUGUUGGCUGUUUUGGAGCGCCAUGUCAAAAAUGGCCGCUAUAUCUCCAUUUAUGAGCUUGCGACGCUGAAGAAGCGACGCCAUUUGGAGUUGCCGGGAAAUCAUCGCAACACAACGGUACAGCAAAUGAUAUUCACCUACGAUUCUAGGGCCAUUGCUGUGGUCACUCACCCACCAGAUGAAAUGAUUUUUAUGCUGAUGCUUGACAAGGUGGGCACGGUUAUUGAAGGUCGAGCCACGGUCACGGGAUCACAUGGCGGGGCUGAAUGCAUUGCCGGCAAUCCAAGCGAUUGCAGUUUUUUGGCCGUUGGUGGGAAAAGCACGUUGUUGCUGAUGAGUAAAUCGGAUCGUGGUUUUACCACAAGCAAUAAUCUGAAGGUUAACUACCAUGUCACCUCCAUGGCAUUUCUGUCCAUGGACCUGCUAAUGGUGGGCACCAAUCAGGAUAUGUUGAUACUUGUGGAGAAUGGCGAGCAGAAGUUGAAACAAAAAGCCAGCGAGGCAGACACUGUGGACCUGCUUAUCGAUCAGGAACAAUUCGAUCGAGAACGUAAUGUACAGGAGCCCCGAUUCGCGAUUCAGCAGACUCCGCAACAUCUUCCCGAUAAGCGGGUACUGUGCAUGACGGCCUUCACUAAAGGUUUCGCCUUCAUCAUGUUUAACAAGAUGUUCGUGUUCGAGCGCGUUUCCAAAUUCAAAUACGAACGCAAGACCAUACUAACAGUCCCAGUGACAAUCUAUGCCGAGCCACUUUAUCAAAUCACCAAUAUAGCCAUCGACCAUAAGCAGGAGACGGUCAUAGUGACCACAAUGCACUCACAAAUCUAUGUAGGUGUUCUGAUUGUACCUGAAACUCUAAAGACGAAGCAUCUAAAUUUCGAGCCCCUGGGCGUUCUCAUACAUACCGGAGAAGUUAUCGCUCUAUCUGUAUGUGCAUGGAAACCCAUUUUGAUGACAGCUUCAAAGGAUCAAACUAUUCGAAUAUGGAAUUAUGAGACGGCGCAGAUAGAGCUGGUUCGCAAGUUUCAAGUGGACGUCAACAUUGUCGAACUAAACUCAACAGGUCUCAUGGCUGCCAUUGGUUUCUCAGAUCAGCUGCGCAUAACACAGAUUUUUAUGGAUGAUCUAAAUAUUGUGAAGACUUACAAUUUUCCGCACUGUAAUGAUGUGCGCUACUCUAAUUUGGGCCACCUUAUGGCCGCUGCAUUUAAUAAUAAUAUAGCCAUCACAUCAGUGUACAAUCUUGACCUGAUUAUCAACCUGAAAGGGCACAAUGGAACUGUGCUCUCCGUGUCUUGGACCAAGACCGACAAGUAUUUGAUUUCAGGUGGAGCUGAGGGUGCUAUCUAUCAGUGGGACAUUGAGACGGGCUCUCGCCUACAGGAGAUUGUACAGAAGGGCACUGAAUACUUGACAGUUUGCAGCAGCUUCUCCGAGCCUUUCUCUAUUUAUGCAGGCACAAAUUUUGGCACUAUACGCGAGUUUCAGGACUCGGAGCUGGUCCGUGAAAUACACGUCCCAUCGCAUAGUAAAGGGCCUAUAUCUGACAUUUGUUUGGCGCGCUCCGAUCUCAUCAUGUUCGUGGCAGAUCAUGAUGGCAAUCUGUUCAAUAUACAGCUACCGUUCUUAGAUGCCGGAGGUGGCAUGUUCACCAACUUCCGUUUCUUCGAUGGUCAAGUGAACAAAUUACGUUUCUCUUGUGACGGUACCUUACUGAUGGCCAUUUCAAAGUCCGGAACCGUUUCCGUGUGGGCCAUGGACAACAUUGAUGGCAAAGUGGCGCCAAUUGAUCAAGACCUGAUGAAAAGUCAAGAAGUCCUAAUACCACGGAGCCAACUAAAUGACAAAAAUCAACAGAUUACCAGCCUAGAGCUGCGCCUGAAGCAACAGGCUGAAGAGUUCCAGUAUCAGUUAAGCCAGAAUGAGAUAUUCGACGGCCAGCAGCUGGCGGAGGUUCAUCGCAACUACUGUGCAGCACUAGAGGAGCUAAAAAAACUUAACAACGAAAUUGAGCAGCGGCACACUGAGGAAAUGAACUUGAUUACCUUCCAAAUUAACGACAUGAAGGAGGAUCAUCGCCAUCAAUUGGAGACUUUGGCAAACCAAUACUCGGAGCGAAUGCUUAUCGAGUACCAAAAGUUCACUAACUUGCGCGAGAGCAUGCUGGAGUUACGUGAGAGUUAUGAGGAGAAGUUGAAGAAAUCAACGGGAACGCUACAGGACACUGUGGAGGCGCUUGAGAACGAUUACAAGAAACAACUAGACGAACGCAAGGACCUAAUUCGUGAGCUGAUGAAGGAAAUGCAGGACAAGAAGUCAGAAUUUAUCGAAUACUGCCAUGAGGUCGAACUGGAAAACGAUCGAAAUAUGGUUGAGACGCAGACGCAGUAUGAAAAUAAACUGACUACGGAGCGUAACGAGACACAAAUGUGGCGUGGCAAGGCGGGCGUGCUUCAGAAAAAGUAUGAGAACCAGAAACAAGAGAUCGACAAUCUUCUCGAGGAGGUCGAGAUUCUCAAAGAAGAGCACCAAAAAUCUCAAAGAAACAUACAAAAACAAAUACGCAACAUCGAGGACCUGCAAAAGGAUAUUUCCGAUCGAGACUACGCAAUCAGUUCAAAGGAGAAACGCAUACAGGACCUACUGCACAAAAAUCAGGAGUUGGACAAGUACAAACAAGUGUUGGGCCACAAAAUAGCGGAAUUGAAGGCGCAAAUUGAACCCCGAGAGUUUCAAAUUAAUGACAAGCGCAAACAUAUCAUUGAGAUGGAAAACGAGUUGGAGGGCCUUAAUCAAAACAACAUCCAACUCGAACUACAGCUAAAGGAGAUGCGUGAUAAAUAUUUAAGUAAUGUCGCCGAGUUGCGAGUGGAAAGGCAUCGAUCAAAGGCAGCGCGAGAGUGUCUCCAUAGCAUUUGCACGGACAUUUAUUACGUGGCCGGUGAGAUGACCUCACCCGAAGGUCUAAGAAAAGCCGUCAAGGAGUUAUUCCAGAAGCAUGCCAGUGAUGACGAAUUGAAGCGCUUUGUCUCACUGGACGCAGAGGUACGGGAUGAGUUUCUACGCCAGCGCAAACAAAUCGAAAAUGUACUGGCCCGUUACAAGACUGCAGCCGAGGACAAGACCGUACAAAAGAAGUAUGACAAGCUGUUUAAGGAAAAUGUUACGCUGCUCGAAGAGAUUGAAAAGCUGCGCGAUGACAAUGAAGGUCUUCGUUCGCGGAUAAAAGAAGACAUUAAAAAAGUCGGUCAUCAGAAGAGAUUACAAAUGAUGUCCACGAUUAGCAAAAAUUAAUAAUUUAAAUGGUACGAAGAACGUUAAACAUGUGCAAAUUGUCAUAACUGAUUUCGAAUAACGAUAAAAAUCAUACCUAUACAUAUAUUUGAAAUAGGA